CAUCCCGGAUUUGGAAACUUGGAGCCUUCUCAAACUUAAGCUAACUUCUCCUAUGUUAGCAUGAUAACGUUUAUAUUUAGUUUUCUUGUGCGUUCAGGGGAGCCUCACAGAUUUGACGCUUCCUUCAGAGGUCCUGUUCACAAAAGACGCUGUACUGAUGUCUUCUGUUGUUUGCUCUUCAUCUGCGUACUUAUUUCCUACGUCGGCCUGGGGGUAGUCGCAUGGCUACACGGCGACGUCCGGAAGCUUCUCCACCCGACUAACAGUUAUGGCGAGUUUUGCGGGCAGAAGGGGACGCCGAAUGCGAAGAAGCCAAAUGUUUUCUACUUCAACAUCUUCAAGUGUGCCAGUCCUGCCUUGCUCAUCAACCUGCACUGCCCAACAACUCAGAUUUGUGUGUCCGAGUGUCCUGACCGACUCGCAACUUAUUCUGAGAUGCAGCUGCAGCACAAACUCGGCAACACGUACUGGGAUUACUACAAAGACUUCUGUAAACCUGGCUUCGAUCAUCCUGAGAAGGCUGUGUCUCAGGUCCUGAGAGACCAGGACUGUCCCUCCAUGAUUGUGCCAAGUAGACCAUAUCUUCACAGGUGUCUCCCAGAUGUCCUCAGUCUGAAUAAGACCAAGUCCAAAGACCUUCUUGGAACCACACAAAGUGUCACCAACCUCCAAGACCUCUCCAAACAACUACGAGGACUAGUGGACACUCAGCAGUUAGGACAGGAGAUAGUGGAAGAUUAUGCCGAGUCCUGGCCUUGGAUUCUUGUAAGUCUGCUGAUGUCCUGGUUCUUCAGCCUGCUCUUCAUGGUGCUGCUCAGGUUCACCGCCCAGCUGCUGCUGUGGACCACCAUCAUGGCCGUCACACUCCUUCUGUCCUACGGUCUGUGGUUCUGUGCCUCGGAGUUGACCCAGCUGGCACGGAGCCAAGGUUCUGAGGUGUCCAUGGUGGAAGUGGGCCUGCAGACGGAUAUCAAAGUCUAUCUGCAGCUCAAGCAAACCUGGAUCAUUUUAUUGAUGUUGCUGGGAGUGACAGAAGUGUCCAUGGUCCUGCUGCUGGUGGUGAUGAGGAGGAGAGUCCAGUUGGCCGUGGUCCUCCUCAGAGAGGCCAGCAGAGCCAUGUGUCACACCAAGUCCACUCUGGUCUACCCCGUCCUCACCUUUCUCUCCCUGGCCUCCUGCGUCUGCUACUUCACCCUCACCGCCUUGAACUUGGCGUCCUUGGGUCAUAAAGUCGUGUCUCCGGACGCCACAUGUCCUCGGUCCAACAGCACCUGUGACCCGGAGAUGUUGAACAGAAGCCCCGCCCCCAAGCAGCCGUGGUGUCUGGGCUGGCAGUGUCUAUACGGGGAGAGCGUCUACCAGCGCUACCUGGUCCUGCUGCAGCUGAGCAACCUGCUGGUCUUCCUGUGGUUGGCCAACUUCAGCCUGGCCCUGCAGCAAUGCACCCUGGCCGGAACCUUCUCCAGGUACUACUGGACCAGGAGGACGCCCCGCCCCCUCUUGUCCGCCUUCGGCAUGGCGCUCAGGUACCACACGGGAUCGUUGGCCUUCGGGGCUCUCGUCCUCUCCGUCCUCACCUUUUUCCGGAUCCUUCUGGAAUACCUAGAGCGCAAAAUGAAAGGUUUAAAGAGCAGCAUGUCCAGGUUCUUCUGUUGCUGCCUUCAAUGUUGCUUCUGCUGUUUGGACUCAUUCCUUUCUUACAUGAACUCUAAUGCUUACAUCAUGCAGAUGGCGAUCUAUGGCAAGAGUUUGUGCACCUCGGCCAGAGAAGCCUUCUUCCUCCUCAUGAGGAACCUGGUCAGGGUUGCAGUCGUGGACCGCGUCACCGACUUCCUGUUGUUUCUGGGCAAAGUCCUGGUCUCAGGAGGAACUGGUGUGCUGGCAGGCCUGUUCUUCACGGGCAGACUUCCUCUCCUCCAGGAACACGUUCCUCGUCUCCACCACUUCCUGCUGCCCACGCUGACCGUGGUGGUGGGUUCCUACCUGGUCGCCCACGGCUUCUUCAGCGUCUACCUCACCUGUGUGGACACCUUCUUCCUCUGCUUCUGUGACGACCUGGAGAGGAAUGACGGCAGCUCAGAAAAGCCUUUCCUCACGUCCCCGGACUUGCACAGGAUUCUGGGAAAACCCUGGCGGUCACAUUGAAAAGCAAGAUGGAGAAUCCUGGAGGUGACGCAGGCUCUGCAUUCUUCUAUCUCAUUCGGGUUCCGCGACAAGAGGUACCGGCACCCGGACGAAGGGACACGCACAAAGUUAACUUUGGGUUUCGAUCCGUGCCAAGGCGGGACUGAAUCAUGGACAAAUGCUAAGAAGCAAUUUAGAAACAGUUUUGAAGAAUGUGCAGCAAUAAAAAACUUUUGUAAUACGAUGCCAACAUGAAGAC